AUGGGCGAGCCCAGGCCGCGCUGUGCCCUCACACAGCCGGGACCCCACAGGGGACAGAGCCGCGGGGUACGGCCAAACAUCCGCAGCGCGCUGGGGCCGCAGCGGCCACGAGGGGUGGGGAUCGGACGGCACAGGACGGGACGAGGUGAGCGCUGCCCGGAGCAGCCUCACGUGUCGCCGCAGGCCGUGCCGGGCAGGGACCGCGCGGACUUUGGUGCCGCAGCAGCGCUGCCGCCCCCUCGGCGCUUCACCCCGGCCUUGGCCCCGCGGCCCCGGUGCCCGGGCUCGUUCCCGGGAAGAACCGAGGCGGAAAGGAAAGGACACGAGCGCGGCGGGGACCGGCGGGAGCGCGGCCUCGGAAGGGGAAGCCGCCUUAUCGGCCGCUCCUCGGCCGCCCCCCGAGCCUACAUAAGGGCGGGCAGCGGCCGCCUCCGGCCGGGAGGGACGCGGGAGGCGACCCGGGCCAGCCCGAGCAUGCUGCUGAAGGCCGCGCUGCUGCUCUCGCUGCUGGCCGCCUGCCCAGUGCCCCCGGCCGAGGCGGCGCAGAGCGGGCUCUGGCGGUACCUGAGCCAGCUGACGGGGGACAAGGACAGCCUGGAGCGCGGCCACAGCAAGCUGGGCAGUGACAGCACGAACCUGAAGGAGAGCGUUCAGGAUGGGCUCAGCUCCGUGGGGGGACUCCUGGAGAAGCUGUCCCCGCUGGGCAGGGGCCUGCAGCCCCCCCGGCUGGGGGAGGACCCGGGCAGCCUGCGCAAGGCCCUCCGCAGGGAGCUGGACAGCCUCCGCCUGCAGCUGUCCCCGUACGUGGACGAGGUGCACCAGCAGGUCGGCAGGCAGCUGGACGAGCUGCGGCAGCAGCUGCGGCCGCUCACGGAGGAGCUGCUGGACCAGGUGUCCCUGCGGGCCCGGGAGCUGCGGCGGCACCUGGUGCCCAGCCGGGAGGUGGCCGCGCAGCUCCUGGGCGGCGCCGACGAGCUGCAGCGCUUCGCGGCUCACUACGGCGACAAGAUCGCCUUCCACACGGAGCAGGUGAAGGACAUCUUCCGGCCGUACGCCGAGCGGCUGCUGAGCGAGAUCCACCGCAACGUGCAGGAGCUGCACCGCGGCGUGGCCCCGCACGCCCGCGCCAGCCCCGAGCAGCUCAACCGGCACAUCCAGGAGCUGUCGGCCAAGCUGGCCCGCAACGCGCGGGACCUGCACCGGCAGAUCCAGCGGAACCUGGAGCAGCUCAAGGCCAAGCUGAGCCUGUACCCCGGCGGGGCCGCGGCCGCCCCGGGCCGCUCCCGGGAGGCGCUGGCGCGGGAGGUGCAGCGGCGCGUGGAGGAGUUCCGGCGGGACGCGUACGCGCAGAUCCGGGCCUUCACCCGGGCGCUGGACCAGGAGACCGAGGAGAUGCGGCUGAAGCUCAGCGCCCGCCCGGAGCCGCCCGAGGGGCCGCCGGACGCGCCGCCGCCGCCCGUGGAGGAUCUGCGCGCCCGGCUGGACGCGCUGUGGCGGGAGCUGGCGCUGAGCCUGAGCGAGCGGGGCGGGGAGGGCCCCGGGGAAGGCCCCGCGGGGGAUCCCGGGGAAGGUGGCGGGGGGGAUCCCGGGCGCUGA